UAAAUAUGGCGUCAACCAUGGUACAUUUGGUUAUCACUGUGGUUUCAAGUGAUACGUCAAAUGUGACAUGAGUUUUCUUCCGAGUACCAUAUGACAAUUUAAUUAAUAACGUUGUCCAUCAUUUAAAUCGAAAUGGGUAUUUUUUUUGCAAAGAAAAAACCACCAAGUCGUGUCACGGAACAAGAUAAGGCUAUUUUACAAUUAAAACAAACUAGAGAUAAAAUCAAACAAUAUCAACGAAGAAUUGAGCAAAAUCUUGAGAAAGAACGAUUACUUGCAAAAAAACUUAUACAAAACAAGCAGAAAGAACGAGCUUUACUUCUUUUACGAAAAAAGAAGUUCCAAGAACAAAUAUUAUCAAAGACUGAUGGACAACUAGAAAAUCUCGAACACAUGGUACACGAUUUAGAAUUUGCACAAGUAGAAUUAAAAGUUGUAGAUGGCUUAAAAGUAGGCAAUGCUGCAUUGAAGAAACUACAUGAUUUAUUGUCUAUUGAUGAAAUUGAAAAAAUCAUGGAUGAAACUAGAGAAGGCAUUGAAAAACAAAAGGAAAUUGAUGAUAUAUUAUCAGGAGAACUUACUGAAAAUGAUGAGACUGAAAUUGAAGCAGAACUUGAUGUUUUGUUAGCAGCAGAAGUCGAAGAAAAGGCACCAGAAGUAACAGAGGAUAUGAUAUUACCAGAAGUACCCAAAGAAUUACCAGAAAAGAAAGAAGAACGGAGAAAAGAAAAAACACAAGAAGCUAUUGCUCUGGAAGCAUAAAAAGUGGUAAAUUAUAUUAUCACUUAUAUAAUUAUCAGUAUUUUAUUGCAUUGACACAUUGCGCAGAGAUCUCUGUAUAUAUGUACAGUACAUUGAAUAUAAGGCUCUGCGUAAAUAGUUGUCAGUCAAAGAGUGUAAUUAAGGGAAUGGAAGUUACAUUUUAUUAGCAAGGUGUUCUUUAAGUACUAAAAACUAUCAUUACUAUUAUAAUGUGUGUACGUGUGAUUUUAAUACAGCAGAUGAAAAUUUCGAUACAAUGAAUACAUGGUAUCUCUUUUAUAAAUUA